CUGCGCAGUUUUCACAGCAGUCGGUGCUCGAGGACCUUGAGCACAUGAAAAUAAAAUCAAAACAGCACAUGUGUUUGUAGAAGUCCCAGAGCAGUUACAGGACAUGGCGAAACGGAUAAUAUAUCCUUUAUACCAGCUUGGUAACCCACAGCUGAGGUUAUUCCGGCCCACCUCCAAUCUGACCCUGGUGAGACCCGGCAAAGAACAGCCACCUGAUACCGUACAGUUUCGCAUUCCUAUGGAAAUGACCAAGUUUGAUGUCAGAAAUUAUCUAGAGAAGAUCUACAGCGUUCCUGUUGCAGCUGUACGCACAAGGAUCCAGUACUGUACAAACAAGAAACGAAACCACUUAAACCAGCGAGUAAAGAGGCCGGAUUACAAAGUGGCAUAUGUUCAACUGGCUCAGCAGCAAACCUUCCAGUUUCCUGAUAUCUUUCCCGAGAAGGAUAAGAAGCACGAGGAGGGCUCUGUUGAGGAGAUGCAGGAGAAGUUCAUGGAGGACGAGCGUCAGAGGCAGAAACCAGAUCCCAGAAGAGGAGGAGUUACUGAAUGGUUUGGCCUCUAGACAGACAAGUGUUGAAUGAAGAAUGACUUCAGAGAGGCAACAGCUGAAUGAAGAAUGUGGUGUAUUGUAGAUUAUGUAUUUGCGCAGGAAGAGCCAUUUACAGUGAUCCGACCAGCGUCCAUAGAGGGCCGUUUGCAGCGAUCUGAUCUGACUCUAUGGAAAGACACACUGUCUGAGAGAAGGCUUGGAAAUCCAUUACUCCGAUAGAAUCAUGUGCUCCGUCAAUGAACGCUAAUGUCUAUGUAGCAUAUGAUCACUCCUGAGCAUCUGCCAUGUCACGAAAGCCUUUCAGGUUAUGUUCUCCUCCCACAGGUCUCCGAAACUUGCUUAAACGACGUCUUCCUUGCAAGGUUCUUCCUUUUCUUUCAAGUUCCCCCAAACUGCUUUUCUAUUCCCCUCGCGGAUCGUCAAGGUAGUUCAUGAACUUCUUGCGGUAAAGUUGUCAAUCUAAUGAAGUGAUUCUCUGGUUCUUCGUGCGAAAUCAUGCUCUUAAUGUUGUUCCUGAAAGCUGUUUUAAAAAACUGCAUACUUCAAUUCCAAUAAAGCAGUACAGCAUGA